ACCCGAUAUAACUCAUAAAACUCAUUGAAAUCUGGCCCAUUUCAGUUUUGAACAAUGAAUUAGAAAGGUAGUUUUUGGCUGGCUUUCCAACCCCGGAAUGCCCCACCCCCUGCAAAGGGCCUUUACAAAAAGGGCCUGCCACUGCCCCAAAAGUUCAAUUUAGUGCCUUGUACUGCUGUGCUCACUGAUUGGAUUUAUACAGUUUUUACAACUUUCCCUUCAAGAAUCAAAAAUGGCUCUGAGGAGAUAUGCUGACAGAUGGUCGAAUAAUAGACAUGUAAAUCCUGCACAUGAUGAAGUGGAAACAGCGAACAAGGAAGGCCGAUGGAAUUUAAGAGAGUUGGAAUACCAACUUGAAGGCAUUUCAUUAGGAAGGAGAUUAAAAAGGUUUCUCACGUACAACAGCCAAACAUCAAUUUACAAUGCAGGCGUAAAAUGCGAUACUGUAUUUCACUGCAAGAAUUCCCUCAUGCUCUUCAGGGAACUUCUGAGGCUCAUGGAUAUAGCACAAGUGCUGGAGAUUAUCGAAUGGGUCCAUUCAAAAAAGAUAAACAGCCAUGUUGAAAUAAUACCGUUUGUACUGUCGGAAUGCUGCCGGUUAGACAAUCAUAAACCAAUAGUUUUGAAGUUCACUUUGAAACUGCUCAGGAAAAGUGAGGAGUUUCUGUUAUUUCACAAAUACUGCUUUGAAAUCGAUCCAAAAAUCAGAGUCGACCUUCUGGUAAAAAAUAUGAUCAGGGAGUGGUAUGCUUUGCAUGAUAGCCUUGACAUCGCUGACAUGGUUACAGAAAAUUCCACUGUUGGGAUUUGGGGGCAUAAUAUCAUGUUGAAACUCGGUCAUGUCGAGUCUAGGAAAUCGGACAGGGCUGCUUUGUAUAUCUACGCAACUCAAGGUUUAGAAAAAAUGAAUGAAAAGUUUAGAAAUGACCCAGAAGCUGCAGUAAUAAUCAAACACUUCAACCGAGUGAAUAAUUUUAAAAUGAUGUUACAUCCAUUCAAAGCAGCACAAGAAAUAAGUUAUUAUCGUCACUCAGUUAGGGUAACGAAUGACUAUCUUCUGAAUGAGAAAAUGGUCUGGAAAGCGCUUCUUCAGCAAAUGGAUCUACACGAACUGCAUUUCUGGCUUCCUCAUUUAACCAACUUGAGCACUGAGUACGAAGACGAUGCUAUGAUGUGGGACCAGGAUUUCAUCCUGCACAUUUGUGACCGCAUUGAAAGCCUAGGGGCUGUUAUCCAAUCGAGAAUCAGCCCUUGCAGGAGCUGCAUAGAACUACAGAAAUAUCUGAACAUCGAUAGAGAAAAAUUUCAUCCUUUGUAUAGUGGACAACCAAUAAGAAUACGAUAUCCUAUCAAUGAAGACAUAGUUACAGCGCUACAGGGACAACUGACUAAAGCUAUAAAAAACAACAUCAAACCGGUGAAGUUAAACAUGACAUUAGUCAUUAUCUGUGAUCAACUGCCCCACACGUUGUGCCAACGGGCUCUCUACGUGCCAGCCGACAUAGCAGCUGCUGUUAUUACGUUGAGUUUGAAAAACUCGUUCAAAUCAACAAAAAUCUUGGCUUUUGACGAAAACGAUUUUCAAGAUUUGAGCGAGGAAAAGACCUACUCCAGCCUCAUGUUGUCCAUAGAGGCCAAAAAAUGUAGUGAAACAAAACCAAUGGAUGUUUCUAAGAUACUGAACUUCGAAAACAAAGAUGUGUCCGAGACAGACCUAUUCGUCAUAAUAGGGAAAGCGAUCAAUUACGGGGAUUAUAUGGGCAUGGUUCAGAGUCAUGAGGAUAAUCCGAGGGAGCCGAAAUUCGUGUUUUGUAGCCUCGGUGAGAGAACGUCAGAAGGGCCUGAUCACAGUAACAUACUGGCGAUAACAGGCUUUGAUGACAAGGUGUGCUCAGUUAUACACGCUUUUGUAAUGGAGCCAUUUGUAUUUACCUUGUAAAUUUUUUUUAAA